AUGCAACGACCUCGAUGUACUGGCAAAACGGCAAAAACUCAGUCGGAAGGAGCCGUUCGAUUGGCUCCUAAGGUUUUUUUUUCAGAGCUAUCCUUUGUGUACGGAUCGGUGGCAGUGCAUCGCGGCUCUUCAUCAUACUCGGUUUCGUUUUUUCUUUUUCCGACGGCCCUACAGCAUCACUCAUCGAAGAGGCGUCCGCAGAUUACAGCGAGCCGGAGGCGGAUUUCGCGACUGACCGCCUACCUGAGUCACUAGACUUCCAUUGUCUCCACGACUUGUUCGCUUUGUUUUCUAGUUUUUCUAUUAUUUCAUAAAAUCCUGGAUGGCUGAGGUGUCAUCUCAAAAGUUUAUAGAAGCUUUGCGACACCUUUUUCAUAAAAAGACGAGAAAUCCGAAAAAAAAGGUUUAGCUUUUAAUUUUUAUUUUCGAUUGAGCUUUGGAUUCAAUUCCUUCAGAAACUGGCUUCUUUUUUCUCAGUACUUUGAGCGGAAUCAAAAGUUACCAAGAUUCCUACCAAGUUCGAGAUUUCGACGCUCUAGAAAAAAUGUUCAAGUCGGAGAGUUCGAUAACAUAUAGAGUUUAUUUUUCGAUCAAGUUUCAAUGAGAAAUGAAUGUUUGCGGUUGUCAAACUCGCUAAAAAAAGUAAUAAUUCAAGGUUUUGGAUACUCAGAAUUUUGAAUAAAGAUAUCUUCAUAAUUAAGAAAAAAACAGCUUUUUUUCAACUUUUUUUGAGUAGCGCGUUCAAAUAAACUACACCUUUAAAAAAAUAUUUCGCCCACUUUUAAUAGUUUUUUUGAAGAACGGGAACUUCUCGUGAAGUCUGAGAAAAAUCAAAAAUCGGUCUGUUGAAGUGUGUCAGAAUGACAACUGCCGCGUCUAACUACGCUUAAAACGCACCAUGAGCGUAUCUUUUUCUUUCAUCCCAUAAAUAAAAAAGAAGAAUUUCGGGGCUAUGGGAUUGUUAUUUCAUAGACUGUGGCUCGAACCUUUACACAAAUGUGAUGAAUUGUUGCCUUUGAGAUGUUGUUGGCUAAACACUUUCGAGUGUGGCGCGUUUCUCGUUCGCCCGAGCAUCUCAGGUAGACCACAAACGUUAUUUCUUCACAGGGCUCUUCAACAUUUUGAACUUUUCUCGGGGUCUUAGUAACAGCUUUCCGUGUUGAAAAAUUGUUUUUUGAAUUCAUUUUGAAAACUCUUAGCAACUUUUUGUCGAUAUUUCUUCGGGGCUUUUUUCCAUGAAGCUUAUGAGAUUUUUUUACUUAUUUUUUUCUAUCUUUUUUCAAUAAAAAAAUAUUAAAUUUGAUCAUCACCAAACAAAUGAGAAGCUUGGUGUUCUAGUUAUUUCUUGUCCGAAGAUAAGAAAAAAAUAUUUUGGAACUUUCCGGAAAUGUAACCUAAACCAAUAAACCAAUGUAGACAUCUCUCGAAAAUUAUUCAAAUCCAAAAAAUGAAUCUAAAUGAAACAACAGUACCUGAAAAUUUGAAAAAUUUGAUCAUUUCCCCACAAAAGUCCCUUAUUUUCGGCUUAUUCCAAAAAGUCGACCGACAAACAAAAACUCUCGUUACAACUAUUUUUAUAGUGUUCCGAAGAACUUUUAUACCAGCAGAUGUACCAUGAAUCUUAGAAAAAGCGUGCACACCAUGUGGCGUUCAGAUGUCCGAUUUUUUUCUAUGUAAACGGCUCAUUUGAGCGGUUGAGGAGUGACGAUGCUGUAAAACACACAAAAAGCUGCAAAAAGAGGUUGUCGAACUACUGGCGCUCUUGGCGCCGCUGCUUUCGCACUUUGACAUUGAUCUUUUCUCUUGCUACACUUGACGAUUUUUUUCCCAUCGGUCUUAGAAGAGAUAUCGGAGAAUCAGAAACUUUAUUGCAGCCAUGGCCCCACCAAGCAUCUACGGAGAGCCCAAGAUCCGACCGGAGAAUGGCUCUGUCUUCCUUGAGGUGAGACAUUGAGGAUCAAGCCUUUCUAGGCGUCUUCUUCUGUACGAUUAAAAUUGUUUCCAUGAUCUGAAAAAGCAGCAAGUCACCAAAAAAUUCUACUAUGAACUGUAAAUUACAAAUUUUUCAACGAAAAACUUUUUUUCCAUUCAGACUUGAACUUAGGGUAGAGUGAUUUUUUUAGUUUUCAUAAAAAUCGAAAAGUCCAUUCAGGGCUUUUCUAGCUUUUGAAAAAAUUUAACUACAAGAUGAAGUUUCUCAAAAUAUAUGAGGUUUUUUAAUACAGGAAUGUGUUCUUUCAGGUCAUCGCCACAGGAGCUGACCCGACCAAGACCGUUUGGUUCUUUGGCGAGCAGGAGCUUGAAGAAAACGAGUACGUCAAGUUCUCUCACUCCGAUGAAGGUGGCAACCGCACGAAGUUCAUCGCUGAAAUCAAGGUGAUUCCUCAACUUUUUUUAAAAUUAUUUUUUGAGAUUAGAAAGUUCAACUGGAAGAUUACGUAAACCUCAACAGAGGAAGUCUCUGUCGACAAAUUUUUUUCGAGAAUCUGAACAUUUGCGCCUAGUUUGAUGGUCGAUGAACGUAUAUUGUUCCUUUUAACAAAAAAAAAUAGCAUUCCACAAAAACAAGUUUAAACUUUUUCCAAAAAAAUUUCUAAACAGUCUCAGAUGUCCUUAAGGGAGAUCCUAAAGAGCUCAAAUAUAAAAAAAGCUAGACAUUGUUGAAAAAAACAUUUUUUUAUCAGAUCUUCAUCCGAAAAUCGGAAAGCGCUUUUUUUCCAUAAAUCGAACAUUUUUUUGAAGAGAACUUCAGUAGGUUCAAUACAUACAAUAUUUUUCAAAAUUCGAUAUAAAAUUCCGUUUGCAGUUAGUGCAAAAUUUUUAGCCUUUCAGGAUUUCUAUCUGUAAAAGUUCACCCCGAAAACGAAGGGAUGUUGAACUUCUGAUUUCCAGCUUCCGCAGAUUUCUCUCUUUUUUGCGCUUUCAAUAUCUCCAAGGUGUUGAGAAGGGCGUUGAAAAACGUCCUAAAGCUCACGUCAAGACGGAGGCAGCUGGCGGCAAUUCAAAAGUUGAUUUGGCUGCCAGGUUGUCUCCGGAAUGGGGCCUAUAAAUCUUCCGAAUUUAACUGCUUCAUGGAUUCUCCCUCAGACGAAAUGGCGCAGCAAAUGCUGAUAUUUCAAGUCAAGUGUUGGUUAUGCGAUACUUCUCAUCUUCCUAGAGCCUUUCCGCUCUAAAACACUUUGUUAAACACCCUCAAGGGACAUGAAAACUGACAAGGAUUCUGUUGAGUACUUUCAGGGUUUUUAUGUGUUCCAUUCUACUUUCAACAUCUGGAAGAUCUUUUGGAAAUGUAACAUGGAACAAAUUCUUUUUGAAUAUAGGACUUCGACAAGCCUCUUGCUGGCGAAUACAAAGCCACGUUCGCCUCUGCUGACGGCGAAAAUCAUGCUACCUUCAAUGUUACCGCUGGAAGUGAGCGAUACUAUCGAAAAUCAGCAGAAAGGAGGAUUCAGACGCCCCUGACUUCCAUGACAAGCCUCAUAUUGUUCAACGCGACAAUGGAAAUAUUAUUGUGAUCAAAGUUCGAGCGAAGUCUCACCUCGAGAUGAAGGCCGAGUGGUUCAAGGUAAUCGACUUCAAUCUUCAAUAAGAUAAGUAACUAAAAAAUAUUCAGGAUGACAAGCCCGUGAAGUGCAACGACAGAGUGAAAGCUGUCGUCAAGAAGGACGAUAAGGUUAGUUUGAAGGAUUUGUCCAUGUUUCCUUUAUCUGACACAUCGAAAAAAAAAUAAUUUGUUAGGUUUUUGAAUUAUAAAACCUCGGCGACAGCUUGAUGAACCUAUAUGAGAUUGUUGACAGGACAAAGACGGCUUCCAAUUUUUGUUGGAAAUCCACGGACCUCAGAAGGAGGACGAAGCCAAAUACAGAUGCGUUGUCAAGAACUCCGAAGGUCAGAACCAGCAAUCGCUCAACCUCGUCUUCGACUAA